AUGAUGGCACAUGCUCUACCCAAAGAGAUCUUUGACGAUGUGACGAUGUGUAAACCACACAAGUCUAAGAAGUCAAAGAAGCCAAAGGAGAAGAAAGGCAAAAGGAAUCCAAAGAAGGGUUCGGCGGAAGACCAGCCGGAACCACCGGAAUCAAAGUCGGAGAGCCCAACGCCGAAAGGGAGAAGAUUUACCGACGAUUACAUGCGCGAAUUACGCCAGCUGGCAGCCGCAUUCAAGGAAUACAAGGACCAGAAGAAUACCGGCAAAAGAAAAUUCACGGUGGAAAUGAAGUCGAAGAGUUCUAGCGGUGACGAAAGUCGAACAUCGCCAGAAUUUGAAGAAUCAGACUCGUCGGGACCAGAUAAUCAGCCGCCGUCUGCUAAGCGAUCGAAGACAUCAACGAGACGACGAUGA